UAUAAGAAGCAAACAAACGUGCGUGCGUGCGUGCAUUGUGAAUGUAUGCGAGUGUGUGUGCGUGAAACAUUUAAGCUUUAAGUGCUAAAAGCGUGCGUUGCUGCUGCGCUUUGGAUACCCAGCGACGUCGCCGUCACCAUCAUCGCCGCCAGCAUUUGGAGCUGCUGUCUAACAUUAAAUUGGCGUUGCCACCUCGCUCAGCUGCGCCGAUUCCAGCACAGGCUCCAGUGAGGAUGCAUCUGAGCCCGGCUCACCGUACAGUGCGCACUCGCUAUUGAGCGACGAGCAGCAACAGCAGCAGCAGCAGCAGCUAAACAAGAUGCCGCCACAAAUACUCAGCGCCAGUGCCGCAGCGGCAGCUGCUGCCAGCAAUAGCAGCAGCAAUGCAACAGCCACAGCAACAGCGAACGCUGCAGCAACAGUUGCUGCCAGCAAUCAGAAUGCAGCGAGAAGCAACCACAGCAACAACAACACUGCCAAAAUCACCACAACAAUAGCUCAACGCACCAACAGCAGCAGCAGCAACACAUCAGCAACAGGAGCAACAACAGCAGUGCCAACGCUGCAAUGGCCCUGGAACACAAGUCUCGGCAGCACCUCAACUGCUGUGCCCGCCUACAACUCAUCCUCCACACCCGCCACUACAAAGAAGCGUGCUGCUGUUGCCAGCAAUGGCAGCAACAGCGACGCCGCCAGCAACACUGCCAGCUGCAUUGCUGUGGCAGCGAAGAAGUCACGUGCCGAAUUGCAAGGCAACAGCAGCAGCAACAACGGCAACAGCAGCAGCAACAACCUCAGCACCAGCGACAAAAGACUGAAAGCCGCCGCCUUGGAGGAGUCGCAGACUAAGAUCACGGGUUUCUUCAAGUCACAAAUGAAGGCGACGCCUGGCAAGUUGGCCACGCCCUCACCGCAACCCACAGCAGCGGCAGCAGCAGCGAAUACGCUUACAAUGAGCACGCCGGCAACCACAGCAUCGCUCAACAAAUACUUUAACAUACUCUCGCAGCUCAACGAGCAGAAGCAGCAGCAGCAACAACAACAGCCGCAACCCAAGCCAACAACAGUUGCUGCGGCGCCUGCAAUAGUUGCUGCUGCGGCUGCAACGCCAACUGCUGCUGCUUUGCCUGUGCCAGCACUCAAGAAGAUCGAACGCAGCAGCAAGCAACCAGCAAAGAUUGCUCAAGUGGCGCCCAAUCUGCGCAAGACGCCCAGCAGCAACAGUCACAAUCACGCCGGCAACAGCAGCAGCAACAACACUGGCAAAUCGCCCGCCAAGAAGCACGUGGCCAUUGCACCGCGCACGCCCGAGAUGAAGCAACAGCAGCAGCAACAGUUGCAGCUGCAAGCAUCCAAAUCAUUGCUUGCAGCAACCGCGUAUCGUGCGUCCAACGGCAACAGCAGCAAUGCGGUUGCCGUCACAGCAACUGCAACGGCAGCAGCCACAGCAGCCGUUGCUGUCGCCAAGCCCUGCCAGAAGCUGCAACUAGCCGCCCCGCCGACAGCCACGCCCACUCAGAAUCCCACGCUCUAUCAGCUGCCCGUGCAACUGCCGAAUCUGGUGCAGUUGCCGCCGCAACUGGCAGCAGCUGCCAACAUCAUGCAGCUGAACAAUGUGGCCAAAGCAGCAGUUGCUGCUGCUGCCAGCAACAAUGCGGCGGCAGCAGCUGCCUCGGCGCAGGCAGCGCAAGCAGCAGCCGCGCAGUAUUUCCUCAACGGCACCGUCUUCAAGCUGCAACAGGUGACGACGGCAACGACGACGACAGCAACCACAGCGACGGCGGCAGCAGCAACUGCCGGAGGCGUCAAUCCCUUUGGUCUGCUCAAUGCCAAUGAGCUGCAGGAACUGUUGCUCAAACAGCAACAGCAGCAGGUGCAACAACAACAGCAGCAGCAGCAGCAAUUGCAGCUGCAGCAAGCGGCAGCUGUGAAGGCGGCUGCAGCAGCCGUGGCCACGCCCACUGCGAAUGGUGCUGCCAACUUCCAGGAGUUGUUUCAGCAGCAGAUUGCCGCUGCAAUUGCAGCCCAACAGCAGCAGCAGCAACAACAACAGCAGCAGCAACACCAACAGCAACAGUUGCAGCGUCUCGGCGCCGCAGCAGCAGCACAACCCGUGUUUAUGGCAACGCCAGCGGGAUUGUUGUUGAAUGCAGCCACGCUGCCAGCAAUGUUGGCGCAAGCAGCGGCCGCAAUUGCCGCCAACAGUCAGCAACAACAGCAGCAGCAACAGCAAAAGGUUGCCGCCGCUGUGGCCCUGCAGCAGCAACACCAGCAGCAACAGCAACAGUCGCUGCCAGCGUUGCAGCCAAUACCCGCCUUGAGUUCCAUCUUUGAGCCAGCCGCCGAGCAGCAGCAGCAACAGUUGCAGCUACAGCAACAGCAGCUGGCGCAGUUGCUGCUCUCCCAUCAGCAGCAGCAGCAGCAACAACAACAUCAUCAGCAGCAACAGCAACUCAUCACUGCCAAUCAGCCACCGCCGUUGACAGCAGCAAACAGCUGCAACAGCAACAGCAUUAGCAACAAUACUGCCAGCAACAUAAGCAACAACAGCAAUGCCUCGAAUAAUUUAAGCAACAACACUGCCCUGCUGCCACAACAGCAGCAACAACAACAACAGCAGCAGCAACAACAGCUGCAGCAACUGCCACAGCAGCAGCAACAACAGCAACCACGUGCCAUCAUUAAGGGACCGCCACCGCUGGUCACCAUCUCCUCCGCCUCCAGCUCCGCCCUCGGCACAGUUGCCGCCAAAUCACGCAGCUCGCUGCCCUCCGCUUUGGCCAAGCCCUACCAGAAGCGUCCGUCGCCGCAGCGCCAGCAGCAGCAGCAACAGCAGGUGGGCAAGUGCAAGUAUGCAGCGAUCGCCACGCCCACAACGCCGCCUCCUCUGGUGCCAACGAGCACGGGAGCAACAGCAGCCACAGCAGCAACGGGAGUCGGAGCUGCUGCCAAGGAGCUGCAGCAACUGCGCAAGAGUGCCACGCCCAGCAACAUUACGCCCACGCCGCCUCUAGUGAGCAUAGCGCCCGCGAAGCUGACGCCCACGCCCACCCUCAGCAUGGCCAAGCAACAGCAACAGUUGCCGCCAACCACAGUUGGCAAGAUCUCAAGCAGCAGCGCUGAUCUCUUUGAUCUGGUGAAGAACUCAAAUGGCGCCAUCAGCAUUGUGGGCAAAUCACCGGCAGCCAGCAACAGUUGCAGCUUUGCCUCAUCGCCAACGCCCUCGCUCGCCCUCACCCCGCUGCCCUUCAGCUCGCCCAGCAACAGCAGCAACAGCAAUUCCUCGCCAGCUCUCUCGGUGCACUCUUCGAGCACUUUGUGCUCCUUUGGCAAAUCCCUUGUGACCAUCAAGGCCGAACCCAUCGAGGAGACACUCUCCGCCUCCGCCGCCUCCUCCAUGCCAACGCCCACUUGCUCGGCCACGCCUACAGCAUUGCUGUGCAGCUCAACGCCGCUUGGAGUGGCCAGCAACCACAAUCCGCAGAGCUUUGCCGGCCAAUUGCCGGGCACUCGAUGCGUCAAUGUGAAGCACGAAUUGCUCGCCGAGUGCAGCGGUGGGAACUCGAAUUGCAGCAGCAGCUAUGCGAGCACCAGUAACUCGGUGAGCUCCGCUGCAGAUCUCUCGCUGGAGGCAUCGACGCCAGCCACUUCGCUGAGCCCGGCGCCGUCGCCUUCGGCCAGCAGCCAGAGCCAAACGAUUCCCAUUGCAUCGCCGGAGGGAAAUGCCAGUCAGCAGGACAUGCUGAGCGAGCUGGUCACCUCGUCGUGCAACUCCAGUGGCACCGAGGAUUGCUCGCAGACCGCCUCGUUGCCGGCAACCACUGUGGCAACCGCCACGGUGAGCACGGCAGCAACUCCGAUUGCCGGCAGCAGCAGCAGCGGCAGCAGCAACUACGACGAGGAGGACGACAAGUCGGUGGCCUCCUCGGAGGCAGCGACGCACAAGCGACUGACGCCCGAGUCGGGCAUUGGCGGCAGCCUCAGCAACAGCGAGAGCAGCAACUCCAUAGCCGAUGCCAUUUCCAGCAAGUCCGCCUGUCCGGCUGCCUCUUCGGUCUCAGUCUCCGCCUCCGGCUCGGACAGCAACUCGCUGGCCAGCAAUGCACCUUCGCCCGCCUCGCCCAGCAACGAUGAUGGCUCCUGCUCCGCCCCAGCAACGCCAGCACCCGCGCCCUGUGCUCUGCUGGACACAACGCUAGCGGAGACCGCCAGCAAAACGCUGCCCAAGUGCGCCAUCUCACCGAUAUUGUCGCAGCCCAAGACGAUCCGGUUUCCAGCUGGCGCUGGAGCCGGCGGCAAGGGUGGCAAGCGGCACGACGGCGUCUGCUACUGGGACAAGUGCAACAAGAAGCACGAGAGCAACUCGAAGCUGUUGGAUCACAUGCAGACGCAUCACGUGAAUACCCAAACAGGUCCCUUUGCCUGCCUCUGGGUUGGUUGCAAGGUCUAUAACAAGGAGUCCUGCUCGCGUCGCUGGCUGGAGCGGCACGUGCUCUCGCACGGCGGCUCCAAGCAGUUCAAGUGCAUCGUCGAGGGCUGCGGACUGCGCUUUGGAUCACAGUUGGCGUUGCAGAAGCAUGUGAACAAUCACUUCAAUGCCACGGACAAUGCCAAGGAGAGCACCAACAAACGCACCUCGGAUCCCCCAGUGCCCAAGCAGCUGCGCAAGAACGGCAAGAAGCUUCGCUAUCGCCGUCAGCCCUUCUCUGCGCGCAUGUUCGACUUCUUCGACACUGGCAUCAUGGAGGGUCUGCAGCAUCGUCUGCGCCAGAUCAGCACGCUCACCAACGGCGCCCAGGCGAUUACCUUCCAGGGACAGUGUCUGAUGCGACGCCGCAACAGCCAAGGCAGCUACGAGUGCUUUGUGCGCUGGUCACCGCGUGAAAUCAUCUCGGAUGAGUGGAUGCCCGAGUGUCCGAAUCGAACGCGACAACACACAAAGGUGCUACACAUCAAGCACAUGCGUCCGGCAGAGAAAACCUGCGUCGACAGUCUGCUGAGCACAGCGUACAGAUUGCGCUAUCAUGCGCAGCUCUUCGAUGACGACUACAACGUGAACGAACAGCAACAGCAGCAGGAGGAGGAGAUGGACCAAAGCAGCAGCGAAUGUGCUGCCAGCGACGAUGAGGAAGAUGACGAUGAUGAUGAAGAGGAGGAUGAAGAUGAAGAUGAUGGAGUAUCGGGCACAAUCAGCUCGACCAGCGGUAGCGGCACAGUGUCCAGCUACCAACAGGUGCUCAGCAUAGCCAAGCUGCAGAUGCAGCAACGUCGAAAGCAUCCGCGUAAGCCGCCCAAGGGGACGCCGAUGAUGACACAACUGGUGCCCACGGAUGCGUUGGUGCCGCUUUAGAAAGUAUUUUUGCCUAAGUAGUUGAUAAACGGAAGAGAACGAGAUGAGACGAGAUGAGAAGCGAAGGACAAACGAGUAAACAGUGACAAGUAGUUGAUAGAGAGAUAGUUUUGAUAAGGACACAACAACAACCACAACCACCAUCCCCACCCCCCGUAUCACAUAAACAUAAACUAGAAUUAACAAAUGUAACAUAUAUUAGUAUAUAUACUGACAUAUACAACAUAUAUCAAGAUAGAUAAUGCCAUGUACAUAGAAGUCGCUUCAAUAUCAGAACAAAUUUUAACUUGACUUAUUUACUUAUUUAUAAUGUUAACUCGUAACUUGACUUGAACUAAUUUCUGUAAAUUGUGAACUGCCUAAAACGAGUAGAAGACGAAGCAGAGGAGCCUUGAGACUUGUUUCCCCCUCUCCCCUCUUCAAUCAUCUUCAAUACUUUCGAUUUUUGUUUGUUGUAUUUCCACAUUUCAUCAUUUGUUUCAUUUCUCAUUUUGUAUUCCAAAACUUCCAAAAACUAUGAAGAAAACGCACAAAUAACAACAACAACAAAAAGAAUAAGACUUGAAGCAUUUAUCGCUAAUCAUUUUAAAGUGUAGCAUUAACAUUAAUUAAGCAGUUAAUUAAUGAUCUUUCAUGUACUCAAUGUGUUUUCAAUGAGCAAUGCAAACAGUUUUAAGUUUUUACACACACAUUUCGUUAGAAUUGAACAAACCCUAAACAAAUUAAUGUAGUCCAAAUUUUUAUACUUUUAUUGUAAAUAUUAAAAUUAAUUAGUUUUUGCUCUUAGCUCUAAUUCAAUUUCAUUAAACAUUACGCCUAAACACAACUUCUCAUUUAGAAAAGAAAACAAACAAUACAAAAAGAAACAAAAAAAACUAAAAGAAAUCAAAAUAAUAAACAAGCUGUUUUUUUAGAAUUUAAUUUGUUUUUAUUUCGUUUUUCGUUUUUGUUUUUAAUGAUUAACAACAGUCGAAAGGUCAACGAGCUCGCCUUAAACAAUUAUUAAGCAUAAUUAAUUUUCUACGCCAAUGAAUUUAUAAGUGUUUAAAGCUAAGAUUAUACAACAAAAAAACAAUACUAUACGAACCCUAAGAACAUUACUCAACACUGCCAAAGCGAAAUGAAUAAUACAACAACCACAACCACAAGAUGAAGAACUAGAAGAACACACGAAAAUGUGGACAAACAGUUAUAAGAACGACUGAUAAAUGUAAAAAAAAAACGAAACACAAAGAACAAAAAUCGUUAAAGAUAAAUCAAGCAUUAUCUUUUCUGUAAUUCUUAGUUCGCACAAAGCUUAUCAUAAUUCCCAUAUAUAUAAUACGUAUACAUAUAUAAACUAUAUCUGUGUGUUGUAGCUGCGCCUGUAAUCAAGACCCUUCUCCCCCGCCCCCGCCCACGCCUAUAGAUGUAAGCCUAUAUGUAAUACUCGUGUAGAUAAAGCCAAUCAGUUUUUGGGCAUUACUUUGUACUUUCAUACAGUAGUAUAUACAUAUAUAUAUACAUAUGUAUUCAUAAUACGUUUGGGUUUUCUCCAUUUUGUAGAUGAGGCAAAGUUGCAUUUUGUAAAUGAUAUAGUAUUAAAAUUGAAAGCAAUACAUUUUUAACAAUUGCCUGGAAGUUCUGAGAUUAACGUAACUAAAAAGAGAGUCAACAAUUUGGAUUGCCUAAAACCACGACAAAAACAAAAAAAUAAUGAGAUUCAACCAUAUUUUGUACCGAGAGAAAAUUCAAAUAAAAAAUAUAAACUACCUCAGAUUUUUGCAAACAAAAUGAAAAAUAAAAACAUAAAAAACAUAGGAAUUUUUCGAGAAAAGUUUUCUAAAAGACAACAAAAAAGAAUAGAGACUAUAUUUAAAAACAAAUAAAAACAUUGUUGCAGAACAAGGGAAAAGUUUACAGAGGUAAAAACUCGUAAAUAGAUAAAAACUGCAUAUUUUCUUAUAGAAGACACUCACACACACACACAAACAACUAUCAUGAGCUACUUACAUACAUACAUACAGUUCAGCAUAUUCCCGUUUCACAACACUGCCCGUCAUCAGAUUAUUAUAUAGAUUUUCAAAUUAUUUUGUAUAUAGUUGGAGCAAAAAUGCAUAAAUAUAUCAUGAUAUCAAUUCAAUUACUAAUAACGCAAACCGCUUUAAUAAAUAAUACUAUCUAAAUAAUUAUUAUAAACCUAUUACCGAUUUAGCAUUGCGAAAGCAAUAAAGAACAAAAUGCGAAUUAAGCAUGGGAGAUUUCUCAGAACUUAUGAAUAAUUUUAGAGCUCGCCAAGCAGACAGCAAUUGAUUUGACAUUCAGUUCUUGGGCCCCAGAUCUUGAAAGAGAUGUGUGUAAUAGAGAUCGAGAGCCCGCAUAUUGUAACUAAUGUAAUCAAAAGUACAGUCUACACGUAACAAUGGAAAACAUAUAUAUAUUAUAUAUAUAUACAUAGAUAUUAUAUUAUAUAAUAUUAACUCUACCAUAUACACAAUUUAGUAUGUACAAGUGGAACAGAACCGAAACAGAAACAUGUAAACUCUGACAAAUGAAAAAAAU